GAAGAGAAGAAGAAGACGAAGACGACUAGCGGAAGUGUGUGAGCGGUUGUUGAGGCAGACAGCGAGCAACAUGGUGUAUACAGCGAAAAUUGGACCUUCUGUUUUGAGCAGCGACCUGUCGCAACUCGGGAGAGAAUGUGAGAGAAUGAUGGAGUGCGGUGCUGACUAUCUGCACCUUGACGUUAUGGAUGGACAUUUUGUACCAAACAUCACAUUUGGACAUCCUAUGGUGGAAUGUUUACGAAGUUCUAUUGGUCCUGAACCAUUUUUUGACAUGCAUAUGAUGGUGUCCAGGCCAGAGCAGUGGGUGAAGCCCAUAGCAGCAGCAGGAGCCAAUCAGUACACUUUCCACUUGGAAGCCACCACCAACCCUGGCAACCUCAUCAAGGAAAUCAGAGAGAGUGGCAUGAAGGUUGGUCUUGCCAUCAAACCUGGAACAACUGUUGAAGAAUUAGCACCAUGGGCUAGACAGAUCGAUAUGGCUCUUGUCAUGACAGUAGAGCCUGGCUUUGGUGGUCAAACGUUUAUGGAAGAUAUGAUGCCAAAGGUGAGCUGGCUAAGAAGUCAGUUCCCUUCUCUGGACAUUGAAGUGGAUGGAGGAGUUGGUCCAGACAGCAUCCACAAAUGUGCAGAGGCUGGAGCUAACAUGAUUGUGUCGGGCAGUGCUGUGGUGGGUAGUGACGACCCCCGCUCUGUAAUCGCCCUCCUCAAAAAUGUUGUAAUUGAGGCAAUCCAGAAACGUUCUUUGGACCGCUGAUCAUCUUGAUGUUUUAUCUCAGUCUGUUUUCAGUCACCACUGAAAGUUGUUUGUAGAGAUUCUGAGAUUGAGUUUUUAUAUACAAAUGUGUUAUCGAAUGUUCAGUGGUGCCUCUGAAUGGGCAUGACCUAGUGCAGGAUGUGCCAAUGCCGCAUUUGCACAUCUAGAGACCAUGAGAACUGCCCCGCCAAGAUUCUUGUUUGGAUACAACAGAGGUUUUCAGCUGUAUACCGCCAUCAAGAACUGCUUAUGUUCAGACAGAAUGUAUCUUAUCUUUCUCCUUUCAGUGACAACAAUAUGACCAUUCCUCUCUAAAUGAUACAGUUGUUCUGAUUUAAAAUAUUUUGCCUGAAACCAAAUUACAGCUUAUUUUUUGUUUCAGUCAUAGCACCUAUCAUAGAGUGUGUGACAGGGAAAAUGGUUACACCAUUGAUGAUAAAGCUGCUAAUAACUAUUUUAUUAUGGGUUCACUGUUUUCAAGUUGUGACUCAAAUACUGUAUUACUCAUAUACUAAUUUACUGCAGAUCAUGACAGUUCAAAUGAAUUUUGAUCAUUUAUUGAACAUUCCAUCAGCCUGUUUUUCAAGAGGACUAAAAGCUUUAAUCAAAAGA